AUGCCAGCUGUUGGGGACCAGCAUCGUGGCGGACCCGCCUCUAUCGGGAUGCCCAACGCCCCAGGCCCUGUCACUGCGAACCCCUUUGAGGAACCCGAACGCCGCAUCAAUGAGUAUACUGCAAUGGAAAUUGCCACAUUACAGGCCCGCCUCGACAAGAAACUUGGCCCCGAAUACAUUUCCUCGCGACCUGGCGCUGCGGGGUCAAAGGUUCACUAUCUCUCCGCGGACAAGUGCAUCAAUCUGGCGAAUGAGGUCUUUGGUUUCAAUGGCUGGUCCAGCUCGAUUCAAAAAAUUGACAUAGAUUUUAUUGAGGAAAAUCAAAACACUGGAAAGAUCAGCUUGGGGCUAUCGGUUAUUGUGAGGGUGACUCUCCGAGAUGGGUCUUUCCAUGAGGACAUUGGUUACGGCCAUAUUGAGAACUGCAAGGGCAAGGCCGCGGCUUUCGAGAAAUCUAAGAAAGAAGGAACCACAGAUGCUCUAAAACGUACAUUGAGAAAUUUCGGUAACGUCCUCGGAAAUUGCGUCUACGACAAAGAUUAUCUAUCCAAGGUCACCAAAGUCAAAUCUACACCGGCCAGGUGGGAUGUUGAUGAGCUCCAUCGCCACCCCGAUUUCGCACCAAUCAAGAAAGAAACCAUUGCUCCAAAACGCAUAGCUGAAGAUGAUGACUUACCCCCUCGGCCGCGUCCAGCCGAGCCUGUGAAAAAUAAUGUGUCUGAAAACAUCGCUGCCUUUGAUGGAGAUGGUGAAUUUGGCAGCGACCUUUUUGACGAAGCAGAUUUUGUUGUUACCACCACAGGAAACCCGGACGAAAUAUCAAUAGAGUCUGAACACCAGCAGCAUCAGCCUCCAACUCCUAUGAACCGUCCGGCUCCCCAGAGAGCACCGCCUGGUAGAUUUGACUCUUCUGUUGUAACACCUUCCAAACCGGAGAGAUGGAACCCUGCCAAUGCUGCUGCUGCAAGACAGUCAUUACCGCCAAAUGCCAGAGCAAAUCCACCAGCUAUGUCCGGCACGAGGCAAUCAAUGCCCGCACCUGCCCCACAGAGUAUGCCGCGUGCUCGACCGACGGACCCUGGUCAACAAAUGCACAACUCCAAUGCCCAGCCACAGAUAAAAAGGGAACCUGGUUUCUCGCAUAACCAAGACCCGAAUCAACCACCAGCGGGAUCCCAGUCAGUGGGAUUUUACUCCGCAAGAGCAGUCGAUCUUGUUCGGGAUAACCCCAACGCUGUACCAGCUCCAGGAACUCAAUUUGAUCCCCACGCGGAAAGUCCCUCCAUCCGCAAAACUGCUGGUGUGGACCAUUCUAAGAGUGUUCCAAUUUCCAAACCUAUGCUCUCUGGUGCUCCACCAGCCAACAACAGCUCUCGUGACUAUGUUAACCCUGCAACUGACUUGCAGCGUCGAGUCGGAGCUCCAGGGGGUCCGUCAGGUGGGGUAGGCAGCCCUCUAUCAAGAGGCCCAUCGACUUCAUCUUACCGACCAUUGACCCGGCCCAACAUUGACCCGAGAAACUUACCAAAUGCCGCUGUCAUGAAUAGAGGAGGUAGCGUUCCACCACAGAAUUUGAACGGCAAACGUCCUCCUUUGAAUGAUGUUACUAAUGCGAGCACCUCACCUGUCACAAACUCUGCUGUACCUCCUCCACAUGGAUUGAAUGAGUCGAAGCGGCCUCGGGUAUCAGAUGGCCCUCCUGGACAACAGCAGCCCCCUGAAGCUCCCCCAAAAUAA